CCCUCAGAGUACGCGUGCGCAGGGCGGACCCAUACAGACGGCGGUAAGGAGGCAGUGGUGUGCGUGAGCGCUGUGUCAACCGCUUCUAGGCACUUCGCACGGGCCUCGAACCCGGAACUUUCGCGCCCAGCUGACGGCCAGCGAUCACCAUGCCUCGUAGGAAGCAGCACAGUCCGAAGAAAGUGAGAUUGGAUGAUGGGACGGCAGCGGCGGGGGCAGCAACGUCAGCAUCGCCACUUGAAGAAGAAGUCGAUGACGACGUCUUCCAAGAAGACUUGGACGGAGACUUCCACGCAGAUGCUGAUGAUGAGUAUGAGGAGGACCUUGAGAGUGAAGAAACCUUCCUCGGAGAUGAGAAACAAACCCUUCUGGGGCAUGGAGUCUACCCAGGAUGGAGGGCAGGGGCAAUCCCACCAGCAGACUAUCUCCCAAAUGGGUCCUUACAGGUAGCUUUUGAUGAAUCCCCGCUCAAGUCCUUGAGUCAGUUAAGUGAGGGUGUGCCGGGGGAGAUAAGAGGCACUCCACAGACACAAGGGAGUUUUGCUUAUGACACCAAAAACUACCUCUUCAGUCCUUACAGCAUCUUCAUCCGAUCCAACCUGCGGAGGCAAAACCGCUCAUACAAUGGUGGAAUGGCCGGUAAGCUGAAGUGCAAAUAUUGCGGGGAGGCGUUCGAGUCCCUGUUUACUCUUACGGUGCACAUGUCUCAGACUGGACACUUCCGCAGCCAGAGCACCUGCGUGCAGAGGCUCACGCAGAAAAGCACCAAGCCCAAGAAACGCUCCAUGCUGGACAUGGAGGAGAAGGAGCACACGGAUGCUGUGUUGAAGUGCAUGGGCUGCGGACAGUCCUUUGACACACUGCAGGACCUCACCGUCCACAUGAUGCAGACAAAGCACUAUGAGAAAAUUGCACAAAAGUGGGACUUUGGGAAGGAGGAGGAGGCGGAGGAAGCUCCUCAAGAUCUGACUGACUACUUCGGGAACAACAGCCUGGUCAGCCCAAACGCUGAGGCAGCAGAAGUACAGUGUGCCAUGCCAGUCUUCUGCAGACCAACAACUCUGAACAUUCCAUCCCAAACUUCUACAGACACAACAGAGGCUGUGAAAGAGCCAGCUCAACCUAGUGGUAGUGCAGCAACAGUGGGCACCCUCCUGCCAUUCAAGCUUGAGGAACUGUUCCCACAGAUGUACAAAGAAGAGGAUGUGGAGCACACCACGACCAUGACAGUACACAGUUUGAGAGCCAGUCUGCAGUACCAGAAGCAGAAGAAACAAAUCCUGCGAUGUCUGGCCUGCAGCAAGGUGUGCGAUUCCCUCCACAUGCUCACACAGCACAUGCUGGACACUGGGCACUUCAGCAAGGUGCCCAAUGGACCAGAGAAAACAGAAGAAGAAAGCAAGGCAGAGAGGGUUCCCUUACUCGCUCAGGCGCCAUCAUCAUCAAUGUCAAAGUCACAGGAUGACUCAAUGGACAAGGAGGUGUCUCCGAGUCAGACAAAUGGGAACACCGAAAUGUCCACUUCUGUGAUCCAGACACCUUCCAAACCGAGGAUUGAGGAGAAGUAUCUGCAGACCGCAGAGGUCCAGCAGCCUUCCAAAGGCAACAUCCUCCAAUUGUUGCAAAACACUGUCCACUGCUCCCUGCAGAAAGCAGCUGGGCAGGAGAGUAGUUCUGUAGGGGCCUAUUCAGUCCCUGCCACUAGUGUGUUAGAAAGUAGAUGGAUACAGCGUAGAAGUCCUGUCAUCGCUUCCACUCCUAGAAUUAAGGUCGAGGAGAAGGAAGAGGAAGGAGCUGUUGACUUGAGGGUUCACUCCUCCCCGUCUCCCACUGUAACCACCAGUGCAAUUCCAUCCAGCAGUAGUGUUCUGUCUACAUUGUCCACCACCAGUGUGACUGAAAAGUAUGUCAAACCCAAUGCCAGCAAGGCAAAGCAGGAGGACCCACUGGAUGCCAUGAGGAGAAUAGCACAGUCUUGCGAACCGUCCACACGCUCUGAGGAUGCCUUCAAGAUGCAGAACCACAGCAGCUCUGGCCCAGAUGUCAAGCCCCUCCCCGGACGUUCCCAGUUGUUAUCAUCCACCAAUUCUGCAGGAAUGACAGCAAGCAAUAGGAUCUCUGGUAGGUUAGCUUCCUCUAGUCGGACAUUUUGUGAAACAGCGAGUAAAGAAGAGCAGAGGGUAGGUUCUGGUAACCGACGAAUAGCGCCCAGGGCCACGAACUGCCAUGUAGACACUGUGAAAGUGAGUAGACGAGGACGACAUUCCUCGUGGAAUCCUGUGCACCAAAUGAUCUUACAGGCUUAUAUUGUAUCCAAUAUGGACACGGCAGAGGGCCGGCCUCGCAGCCCCCCUCCCGACAUCAGCCACGAUGACAAAGUGGGCAUAGCCCAUGCCACGGGUCUGACCAUGACAGCCAUCAAUCACUGGGUUGCCAACGUGCGGUACCGACUCAGGCAUGCCGGCAGUGCCAAGUUUGUGAAGAACUACCAGACCACCAGUCCCCUCUUCCAAUGCUUGGAGUGUGGUACGCAGCCCACCACACCCAGACACUUUGUUUCACACUUGGAAAACCAUCUCGGAUUCAAAGUGACUGAUGUCAACGCCAUGGCAGCUAAAAUGGCCAGUGAACCGGUGACGCGCCAGGCUGUAAAUUCCAGCAAAGUUGCAGACGUGAAUGAAAAUUCCUUCAAGUGUUCGUUGUGCUCGUGUGAGUUCAAGAGCAGACAUGCUGUCAAGAUUCAUCUGAGCAAAACACACGAGAAAUCCCCCCAUUAUCAGGACAAUUUCAUUGUUCCUUUGAAUUCAAAUGUUCAGUGAAACUGAAUAUUAGUAUAAAGUGAAUUACAAAGAGCACCUUUAUUUAUUAAGAUCAAUAACUUAGUUUAUAUCUGUUUGACAGAUAGUUAUGGUUAUGUUGGCAUGAAAGCCUGUGACAGAUUUUCUUGUUAUAGUAUUCUUGUUAUGGUCAAAAAAGUUUAUUUACUCUUUUACAUUUUCAGAAAAUGUGCUUGUUGUAAACAUGUAGCCAAGCCCCCGAGUAUUCUUCACAGGUUGCUACUGAAUCUUGGUUUUUAGUUGACACAUAUUUAGGCAAGUCCUUCAAAUGAGGGUCUGUUUCUGGUGCUGAUAGAAACCUUUUCCACUUGUCUCAUAUGCCCAUGUUUUAACUUUAGCUACUGGUAUUUCUCAGUUUGAGUAUUAUUCCUCUUUAUUAUUGUUGCCAAGAUCUUGUGGAAAAUUGUGAAUUUGUAGCAGCAAAUACACGGCACUAUCAGGACUGGAGGCUUUGUAAGAUGCUGUGUACUAUUAUGUUACAUCAGAUGGAAAAUCUUCAGUGAAAUCAUGAUCUGAUGAUAUCCUAUCUCAGUGAAGACAGUAUUCAAUAUGGCUCAACUUGGUGAUUUGUCUAGAGACAUCUUUAUGUUUGUAGAUGUUGUCCUGAUCACAGUCACAGACAAAUCUUGGACACAAAUGCAAAACAGUUACAGAGUUAUCACUUUUAAGAUUAAGUUUAUCUGAAAGUAUUUUUAUCAUUUUUAUAACUGAUAGAUACAGAUUUAUGUAAUUUCGGGAAAUGUGUACACUAUAGAGUGAUGUCGCCAUGUGUUAACAGAUGGAAGAAAGGUGUACACUGACUUAUUUUUCUGUUAGGAUACAUUUAUGUACAUGUAUGUAUCAACAAUUGAAGUCUUUAUCUGUUUCUGAGAGCCACAUCAAAGCUGUCCAAAUUAUGCCUUUUAAAAUCUUAAAUGUAAUCUUUGUGUUGACCCAGUUCGUACAACCAUGUAUCUUGUAUGAUGUUUCAAAGUCUUCACUUUUCAUUGGUAGGAAAAAAAACUUGCCAUACAUCUUAUUAUUUGGAAUUUAGGGAUAGUUAGAAUUAGUCCUCAAUAUUUUGUAAGAAAAUUAUGUUCAUUCAAGUUGGUCCUGCAAUUCUUAGUGAAUUUAAUUUGCGGGUUGUAUUUGUAUGUGUUUUUGAUAAAGGAGAACAAAGCUUUUGGAUACAUGCAACUGGUUCAUGUCUAAGUGGAAAGUGAAGCUGAUAUUUUUGAGAACACCGUUGAGAACAGUGUUUGUGGAUGUUAUAAAACAGUUACAGAGAGUAUACUGUAAUGGUCUGAAAUUGGGGGACAGAAAAGCUAGAGCAGUGGGGACUCACCAUUUUUGUACUGAUGGGGAAGGAUGAAAAAUAAGAUAAAUUGGCAUGAUGUGAGCAAGACAAUUGUCUUUCCUCAAGUGAAUCAAAUUGUUAAGAAAGUAGAUAAGAAAUACUAUCAAUGGCUGUCUUUUGUAGAUGUUAUUAUUACAGUGCAGUAAUACUGUAUGAUGAACUAUGAUGCAAACAUUGUGUCCGUGUACAUGUAUGUGAGUAUGGUCCAAUCUGAGAUUGUUGAAUUUCUUCGCAAAUUGUAAUUUGCAUGUAGUGUUUGUACAUAGUAAUUUGAGCAGAUUUCUCUUUUACAUGCCAAACUGCUUCAAUGUUGGGCACAAAUGAAUUAAAGCUAAUGAAGACAUUUUGAUACAUCCAUUGUUCAUUGUCUAUAUGAUAAGU